AUGGCUGAACAAUUGCGGUUCCUUGGUUCCUUGGAAGGCCACAAAGGAUGGGUCACCGCCAUCGCAACCUCGCAGGAGAAUCCCGACAUGAUUUUGACUGCUUCCCGGGACAAAACUAUCAUCGUGUGGCAGCUCACCCGCGACGAGGACUCGUACGGAUACCCACAACGAAUUUUGCACGGCCAUAACCACUUUGUUUCCGAUGUCGUCAUCUCUUCCGACGGCCAGUUCGCUUUGUCUUCCUCCUGGGACCACACCCUCCGACUUUGGGAUCUCCAUACCGGUGUUACAACGCGUCGUUUUGUUGGUCACACAUCCGAUGUUUUAUCUGUCAGCUUCAGUGCCGACAACAGACAAAUCGUGUCUGGCUCCCGUGACAAGACCAUCAAGGUCUGGAAUACUUUGGGAGAGUGCAAGUUUGACAUCAAGGAGGAGGGUCACACAGAGUGGGUGUCCUGUGUGAGGUUUAGCCCGAACGUGUCGAACCCUGUUAUUGUAUCGUGUGGUUGGGACCGAGUCGUCAAGGUCUGGGAACUUUCAAAAUUCAAGCUCAAGACCAACCACUACGGCCACACCGGCUACAUCAACACCGUGUCUGUUUCCCCUGAUGGCUCCCUUGCCGCCUCUGGUGGAAAGGACGGUAUCACUAUGCUGUGGGACCUCAAUGAGGGCAAGCACCUCUACUCCCUGGAAGCCGGCGAUGUUGUCAACGCGUUGGUUUUCUCUCCCAACCGCUACUGGCUGUGCGCUGCUACCGCCAGCUGUGUCAAAAUCUUCGAUCUGGAGAGCAAGUCUAUUGUUGACGAGCUCAAGCCAGCAUACACUGAUGGUGGUGACGAGGCAAGGCAGCCUGAGUGUGUGUCCAUCGCAUGGUCGGCUGAUGGCCAGACACUGUUUGCUGGAUUUACCGACAAUGCUCUUCGUGUCUGGACUGUCACUUCAUAA